GGGCCCGGCGGGUACGCGCUCGCUGCGUCGACGUGCUGACGACAGGACGCCCGGGCCGGUGUGUGUCGGUCUGUAUGUGUGUGUAUGUGUAUAUGUGUGUGUGUGUGUUUGUGUGUGUGCGCGCUCCGAGAGUGUGUAUUUGUGUAUCGGCGGUCCCGCAGGUCCCGGAUGUUGCGGGCAGUAUGAGGCGAGCGCAGGGGGACAGGGACCAGCAGCUGUCGCCGCCGUUCUCAGGAUCUUACUAAGAAGCCCUGGCUGGUCUGGAGCUCCCUAUGUAGAUCAGAGUGGCUUGGAACUUGAUGAUCUUCCUGCUGAUUGCUGUUAUUAAAGGUGCAUGUUACCAUGCCUGGCUCUGGUCUAAAUUUUUAGAUCCUGUUUAUUUGCUUCAAACUUGAGAUUUCCUGCUAGACAAGACAAAUUAGACCUUUCCUACUGAUUUGACUUGAUCCUUAACAUAGCUCAUUGCGUAACUGGACUGGCUGCCCAUUGAGCCCCCAAGACUCUCCUUAUCUACCUCCAAGUGCUGGGGUUUCCAGUCUAGGUCCCUGGAAAGACUUUACCCAAAGAGCCAUCUUCUUGGUGAAGAAAAACCAGAAAUCUCUGCCCCCUGACUUUGAAAACCCAGUUUAACCUUCAAACUGGCGAUGUCAAGGGUUCCAAGUCCUCCACCUCCGGCAGAAAUGUCGAGUGGUCCCGUGGCUGAGAGCUGGUGCUAUACACAGAUCAAGGUAGUGAAAUUCUCCUACAUGUGGACCAUCAAUAACUUUAGUUUUUGCCGGGAGGAAAUGGGUGAAGUCAUAAAAAGUUCAACUUUUUCAUCAGGAGCCAAUGAUAAACUGAAAUGGUGUUUGCGAGUAAACCCAAAAGGGUUAGAUGAAGAAAGCAAAGAUUACCUGUCACUUUACCUGUUAUUGGUUAGCUGUCCAAAGAGUGAAGUUCGGGCGAAGUUCAAGUUCUCCAUCCUGAAUGCCAAGGGAGAAGAAACCAAAGCUAUGGAGAGUCAGCGAGCUUAUAGGUUUGUGCAAGGCAAAGACUGGGGAUUCAAAAAAUUUAUUCGUAGAGACUUUCUCUUGGACGAGGCCAAUGGGCUUCUCCCUGAUGACAAGCUCACCCUCUUCUGCGAGGUGAGUGUAGUACAAGAUUCCGUCAAUAUUUCUGGACAAAACACCAUGAAUAUGGUGAAGGUUCCUGAGUGCCGGCUGGCGGAUGAGUUAGGAGGACUGUGGGAGAAUUCCCGAUUCACAGAUUGCUGCCUGUGUGUGGCUGGCCAAGAAUUCCAGGCUCACAAGGCUAUCCUAGCAGCUCGGUCUCCAGUUUUCAGUGCCAUGUUUGAACACGAAAUGGAGGAGAGCAAAAAGAAUCGGGUCGAAAUCAACGAUGUGGAACCUGAUGUCUUUAAAGAAAUGAUGUGCUUCAUCUACACAGGGAAGGCGCCAAACCUUGACAAAAUGGCUGAUGAUUUGCUGGCAGCUGCUGACAAGUAUGCCCUGGAGCGCUUGAAGGUCAUGUGUGAGGAUGCCCUCUGCAGUAACCUCUCCGUGGAGAAUGCUGCAGAAAUUCUCAUCCUGGCUGACCUCCACAGCGCAGAUCAACUGAAAACUCAGGCAGUGGAUUUCAUCAACUAUCAUGCUUCGGAUGUCUUGGAGACCUCUGGGUGGAAGUCAAUGGUGGUAUCACAUCCCCACUUAGUGGCUGAAGCAUACCGCUCUCUGGCUUCAGCACAAUGCCCUUUCCUGGGGCCCCCACGCAAACGCCUGAAGCAAUCCUAAGAUCCUGCCUGUUAUAAGACUCCAUUUAUUUUCCAGAAGCAACAGCCAUCGUUGCUGCCACUGAUCACCAGGUAGACGGCGCAAUCUGUGGAGCUUUUUCUCUGUGUCAGGGGAAAGACUGUACCAUGACCCAGACUUUAAAACAGCACUAAAUAACUUAGGGGAACGGGUGGGGGGAGGGAAGGGCCCAGGACUCGGGGCUGCUCAACCUAAUGAAAACCCUGUUGCCGUGUCACCGUGUUCCCUUUGGCCUGACCAAGUUGACCCUGGGAUUCAGUUUAGGUGCUGGCCCCAAGCACAUCCCAGCAGUGGUACUUUGGAGAAACCUGCCUGCAUCUGACUGAGCAGAACAAAUCGUCAGGUGCCUGGAGCAAAAAGGAAAACAAAAUGGACAUUUAGUUUUAAGAGAAGGGAAAAGGAAAGAAGAAAGAAUUUUUUUCAGAAAUCAUUUUGUGAAUUCCAGUAGUAUUUAUGUUGAAAGAAGCAAAUUUUAGUCCUUCCAGCUGUGCUAAACCUUGGAUAUUUGUGAAAACUCCUCACUACCAUGCAAGUAUCAGCAGAGCUCUCUCGUUCGCACUUACCGUUUGCAAAUACAGAGCCCAUCCUUUUAUCCUCUUAUGAAAAGUGACACAUGAAGGCAAAGGGGGAAGGAGGUUAUUUGAUCUGGAAGAUGAGUGUUUUGAUGGUAGUGGCUUUUGCAAAAUCUUUAUUGGUGUUGAAAACUGGAAAAAAAAGUUAUUCAUCCAGAAUUCAUACUGUCUUGACAAGAACUAUGGUUCUGUUUUUAGAUAUCGUGGAAAAUGGUAUGGGAUUUUUUUUUUUUUUGGCAUUUUUCUCUGAUUUUAUUUUUUCUUCCUUCCCCCUCCUUUUUUCUAAAAAAAAAAAAGAAGAAGAAGAAAUAAAUCCAGAAAAUACAUAAAAAGAAGAGAAAAAGAAAUUUUAUUAUUAUUGCUAUGUGAAAAAAAUUCCAGCCCAGAUUGCCCGGCUGUUUGUACCUGACUUGUUGCCUGCAUAGGAGCCAGUCCUGUCACUUCUGAUUAGCCCCUCUUCCAAAGGGGAGACUUCCAAAUGUUAAUUUUUUCUUUUUGAAAAUAUAAAUAAUUACUAUUUUGUACUGUGUGGUAUCUCUUGUCUUUUGUUUCACUCACUUGGCUUGUUUCUCGGAUCUGAGUUUUUUGCUUACAGGGUUUUGAAGCCCUGGUUUGAUCUUCAUCUUUUAGGAAUUAUAUCUAAAAUGUCCAAGAAGCAGUAGGGAUUUAUUUAUUCUCCAUAAUCUCAAGUUUCCUUUGUGAGCAUCUGCCAGUCUUGUCCUCCUUGAGGAUCUGCCAACUGUGUCCUAUUGAGAGACUGGAACCAGGCCCUACUCUGCCAAGAGAAGCAAUUGUAGUGAGCUUUUUCUGCCUUCCCACCCCCUAUGUGUGUUAAUACCUAAUCCCAAAUCUCCGUUCUCCUAACCAAAUACCAAAAAAAAAAAAAAAAAAAGUAUUUAGGAGACAUGAAUAUGGAGAUUAAAUAAAGGGAAAUUAUUGUCUCUGA